GUGUGUCACGUGACCGUGGCAAGCCUUUUCCGUUCGUACGGAAGUGCACGUUUCUUAGUCGGCGUGUGUAAACAAACUAGCUGAUGUAGAGAGAAGUGCCGUGUUCAGGUUUCCAACAUGGUGAAGUGUGUGGUGAGGGGAUGCCAGAACCAAAGCGAUCUGAAGCCGGGGGAAAUGCGCAACAGACCCCGGAAGCGCUUCUUCAGUUUCCCCGCGGAUCAGGGCCGUGUUCGUGUGUGGCUGGCAGCGCUGCGGGAGUCGGCGAUCUUCUCCAGCGAGCUUAAGAUUUGCGAGGAUCACUUUCUUCCCGAGCACAUCACUCCGAGUGGCAUAACUCCGGACGCCAUUCCCAUCAUGCCCCCUCUGGAGGGCGCGAUACUGGACUUUCCCGGCUGGACCUCACCUGCGGAGCCCAGUGAAGAGCAUUCAGACCCCUUUGCAGUGACUGAAAUUCCAGCAGAUGAUGAUGAGGAGGAGGAGGAUGAUGAGGAGGAGGAUGAUGACGAAGACGAAGAAGACGAGGAGGACUACAAUGACUCUGAUUAUACAGAGGAAGAUCCAGUGCACCUAGAUGAGGAGGCUAAGAAGGAGUGGCUGUCAAGACUCAAAGAGAAUCUUAUGAAUUCCACAGGAAAGAAACCAGUUCCUGCAAAAAAGGGCCCCACUCGUCGCUCCGAGGUAACACUUGGACGGCUCACGCACCGAUUCAUAGAUCUGCUUAACUUAGCUCCAGAAGGAAUUCUCGACAUCAACGAGGCUACAGAAAAACUAGGCACUCGCAAGAGGCGGGUAUACGACAUCACCAGCGUACUCAACGGCAUUAAGCUCGUUGCAAAGAAGUCGAAAAGCAAGGUCCAGUGGGUGGGUCCAUCACCAAUCAGCUGUUUCAAAGGCCAGUGGAAGAAUAAGAUAAAGACUGAUCUGCUAAACCUCAAGACUAUGGAGGAGUCUCUGGACUGGCUGAUUAAAGACUGCGCUGAGCAGCUGUUUGCUCUAACAGACCUCACUGAAAAUGCUAACUCCGCUUACGUGACGUAUGAAGACAUCUCUCGGAUCGCCACCUUUCAGAAUCAGACCGUGAUAGCCAUCAGAGCUCCUGAGGAGACCAAGCUGGAGGUUCCUACGCCCACUGAGGAUUGUAUUAAGAUCCAUCUGAAGGGCUCCAGAGGUCCUGUUCAAGUGUUGACGUGUGACACGUAUGGGCCAGACACAACCUCGCAGUCAGAGCAGCUUAGACACGGGCGUUUCCUCGCGCUGGAGGACAGCAGGAUACAGACGGCGCCACUCCUCACAGACGUUCCUACCAUUUCUUCUGUCCGGAGCGCAUAAGAAUCCGAAAAAAAUAAACGGUUUAUCCAUGGAAAAGACUUUUUCAAGGACAGUUAAUUUGAGAAGUGCUGCUGUAAAAUUGUAAAAUAUGUUGAUAGGACCACAGAUUUAUAAGCUUUAUUUUUAUAUCUAUUUCUCUGUUCUUAUUAAAGUGUUUUGAAAAUUA